AUGCCUUGCGAGAAUCUGUUCACUCGCUUCCUGCUUCAGAACAAAGCGGAGCGCAUGCAGCAGACGCAGCGCCAGUUCAACGUCCGUCUCCAGGCGUCGAACGGCAGCCUGGUCGUGAAGGGAGAGAAGGACGCCGUGGCCCAGGCGAUCGCGAAGGUGGAGGCGCUGCGUGCCGAGCUGGCGUCGCGCACGAUCGAGAUGGCGGUGAACGGCGCGCAGAUCGACAUGCUGCUGAACCAGAAGGCGGCGGUGGUGCAGGCGCUGGAGCAGGAGUUCGGGUGCCUGAUCUCGGUGGAGAGCGCAAAGGGAUCGAUGAAGGUGGUGGUGGAUGAGGCUCGUCGCGAGGAAACCGUGGAGGCGAUCAACGCGAAGCUCGCGACAGUGUGCACGGAGCGUGUGGAGAUCCCGGAGUGUCUGCUGGCGCUGUUCGUGGGCCCGAAGGGAAGCAACAUCAACGCGAUGCGCCAGGCGCACGACACCAAAGCCGAGCUCGCGAAGGGCGUGCUGGAGAUUAGCGGCAAGGAGGAGAACGUGGCGGCGAUGAAGAAGGCCGUCGAGGAGUGGCUGGAGCAGCACACGAUCGCGGAGAUCCCCGCGGAGCGCCAGUUGGCGCGCGAGGCGCUGAUCGGAGAGAAGGGCGCGAAGAUCCAGUCGCUGCGAAAGGAGCUGGCGGUGGAGAUCCAAAUCGAAGAAGGCAAGGUGGUGGUGAUCGGCGCGCCGGAGAACGUGGAGAAGGCCGUGGCCACGCUGACGCAGCUGCUGGACACCUACCGCAAAGAGAACGCAGUGGUAGCGAUGCGCCACGAAGUGUUCGUCAACGCGAAGGAGCUGCGUCGCAGCGAGAUCGAUGCGCGCGAGAAGGAGUGGAACGUCUCGAUGUCGCUGCGCCACGACGCGGUGUACAUCCACGGAGACGAGGCUUCGGUGGCGAAGGCGAAGCAGGAAAUCGAGGACAUCGUGGCGAAGUAUGCGGAGUUCCACGAGGAUUCGCUGGACGUGCCCAAGGAGGAGAUCGGCGUGCUGCUCGGAAAGAACGGAGACAAUCUGCGCGCCUUGGAGAGCCAGCUUGGCGUGUCGGUGCACAUCGAGGGCAGCAAGCUGCGAAUCUGGGGUCCCGCGUCCGCUUUGCCCGCAGCGAAGGCCGGCAUCGUGUCCAACCUGGAGGAGCGCGUGUAUCUCACGGAGGAACUGAACUGCACGGGCAAGCAGAUCGAGUUCCUGCGAGCGGAGCGCUUCGAAGUGGUCCACGCGAUCCAGAACGCGUACAAUGUGACCAUCACGCUGCCUCGCGAGUUCCCUCUCUCUGGACCCAUCAAGGUGGCUGUGCGCGGAAAUCGCAGACAGCUCGACGAGGCGAUUCCCGUGGUGCGCGAGGCGCUGCAGGGCUUGAUCCGCUGCGAGCUGCAUCUGGACGGAAUGGUUCACCGUCUGCUCACGGAGAGCUCGCUCCAGUUCCAGCGCCUCGCUCUGGAGAGCCGCUGCCGCAUCCAGCCCGACGAGGCCGCGGGUCUCGUGCGCAUCGUGGGUCCGAAGCAGGGCGUGGAGCUGGUGCAGGUCCGCGUGUGGGAGCAGCUGGCGGCGCUGGACCCCUCGCUCUACCGCAAGAUCGACGUGAGCGAAGCGGUGCUGCUGGGUCUGCAGGAGAAGAAGGACGCGAUGAAGACGUUCUCCAAGCAGCACGGCGUGCAGCUGCGUCUGCUGCCGCAGGCCGUGCUGGUGGAGGCCCCCGCCGCCGCGAUGGACGAAGCCGUGGCGUUCGUGCAGACGCUGGCCGACGCCGCCGCGCAGGAGAGUCUGCUGAUCCCCGUGGGGCAGGACCGCGUGGCGUUCGUGAUCGGAGCGCAGGGCGCGCGCAUCAACGGCAUCAUCAAGCAGUCGGGAGCCCAGCUGCGCGUGCUGCGCGAUGAGUGGGUGCACGUGCUGGGCACGCCGGAGCAGGCGGCCAAGGCGCGCGCCCUGCUGGAGGCGGCGCUGGAGGAGUACGCGGCCACGCACGUCGCCUUCCAGGUGGACGAGGCGCUGGUGUACGCGAUCCGCGGUCCCCGCAACAGCAACCUGGUGCGCAUUGAGCGCGAGUGCCGCGUGCGCGUGCGACUGGAGCAGGACGGAGCGGUGAGCAUCGUGGGAAACGCCGGCGAGGACGUGGCCAAUGCACGCGCCGCCCUGGAAAAACUCGAAGAGGAGGCUCGGGCGAACCCCGAGCAGGAAACGGCGUACCGAGGAGGAGAGAAGCCCCGCCGAAGGGAGCGCGAGCAGGGAGCGGAGGAGCGAAAGCAGAAGAAGGAAAGAGAAGCAGAAGCAGAAGCAGAAGCAGAAACACCCGCUGAAUCGGUGUGGGAAAAGCUGAAACGCGCUCCCCUGCUGCCAUCCAAGACGGUCGGAGGAAGCGAUAUGUACAAGUCGGAGAGUGGAUACACCGUGGAGUUAUAA